GCAGCCCUCCCCCUCCUGCAGCCCUUCUCCAGCAGAAUGCCCGACAUGCAAACGGAAGCAGGCGCUACCAUUUUGAAACGCAGCACCGCCUAGCGCCAUGGACAAGAGCAACACGGUGAAGCUCUUCGUGGGCAACCUGGCGUUGGACACCACCCAGGAGGAGCUGUCGGCCAUCUUCGAGCCCUACGGCCAGGUGGUCAGCUGCAGCGUGCUGCGGCAGUUCGCCUUCGUCCACCUGCAGGGCGAGAACGCCGCCGAGCAAGCCAUCCGGGAGCUCAACGGCCGGGAGUUUCGCGGGCGCAAUCUGGUGGUGGAGGAGUCGCGGGGGAGGCCGUUGCACUCCACCAAGGUGUUCGUGGGUAACCUGAGUGGGAUGUGCACCACCGAGGACCUCCAGCAGCUGUUCCAGACGUUCGGGAAAGUCCUCGAGUGUGAUAAAGUGAAAGCCAGGCAUUCCUCUUCCGCAGGCUAUGCCUUUGUCCACAUGGAAAACAAGGAAGACGCGCUCCAGGCCAUCGAGGCCCUGCACGGCACCUCGUUUAAGGGCCGCCCCCUGUCCGUAGAGCUGUCCAAGGUCCAGCCCAGCAAGCAGGCGCCUACGGGAAAGAUCCCCUGUGUUAACUGUGGAAAGCAGGGCCACUAUGCUGGAGAAUGCCCCGUGGGGAAGCCCUCUCUGGAGCAGUACCAGAGUCAGGCGGCGGUCCUGGCGGCUGCCGCCGCCGCCGCCGCCGGCCUCCCGCUACAGGUCCAACAAAGCGUGCACAAUUCGGUCUACAACACCUCCACCUUCGAUCCCACAUAUGCGGCUCUCACUGGGAUCACCACGGGCACGCGCACCGACGGAAACCCCGUGAAUCCGGCUGUUUAUGGUGCUCUUGCCAGCCAGGUGUACGGUGCCAACGUUGCCAGUCAGCUUUAUGGAUCGGUGGCCAACCAGGCAGCUCUACAAUCAGGCGCCACCCAAAUGUACAGCUCGAUGGCGCCCAACAUCUACGGCCAGAUGGCGGCGAACGCCGCCGCCUACUCCCCUCAAGUUUACACCCCAACCAUGGCCAACUCCCAUGUCUACCUGACCGCUGCUCAUGGACUAGAAAUGCAAACAGCAGCGGCGGCGGUCAACCCCGCCUACGCCGUAUCUCCAGCUAUUUAUGGCGGCGGCGCACAGGCCUACGCUCACAUAAGCGCCAUGGGAGCAGCGGACCCCACCACAGCCAUCUUUGAGGCCGCCAGACAGGCACAUUACUUUGCCCAGGGCCAGCAGGUUAUGGCCGACCAGCAGCAGCAGGCGGCCGUCGCGGCGGCGGCGGCGGCUGCCGCAAAGUCUGGCGAGAGGGACCGCAGUCCCCUGCGGAGGUCGAUGCCUCUGCUACCAGACCCGGUGAUGAAGCCGUUCAUGUACCAGAGAGCCAAGCCGCGCCGGCCCCUGCUCCCAACACCAGCCGGCCGAGCGGCAGAAGAGGCAGCGGAGGCUGCAGAGGACCCCAUGGCCAGGUACUACGCGGAGUACUACCAGCAGCUGCAGCAGUACCCCCAGUUCCAGUACGCCUACCCGCCGCCGAGUGCCAUGACGGCCAUCCAAGGCAUGCCGGGAGUGUCGGCGGUCCCCACCGUUUCCGCGAUGUCCGCCCAGUCGGUCGCUGCGCUGGACGCCCUCAGGCCAGUGGUUCCCUCCGCCGCGGCAGUGGCAGCCGCCAUGGCUGUGCCAAGGGUGUAUGAGCCGCCGUUGCCGCCGCCCACGCGCAAGGAGGCCAUCCUCCGCCGCCCCGAACUCUCCCUUCACACGCCUGAGCCCCCCUUCCGAUAGUCGCACACAACUCUGCCCCUUCCACCCUACACCCCCUCCCUCUUCGCCCUGAACCCCCAUCCCACAUCUCCUCUUCCACCCCCAAACUUGACCACCUUACAGCAGCUGUAUGUGCGUGUGAGUGAGUCAGUGCGUCUGUGGGAUCUAAGUGUGUGUGGGGGGUGGGGUUUGAAACUUGGGGGCUCCUUUGGUUUAUUAACCUGCUUUACGAGGGACUCGGUCGGCUAACCUUGGUCCUGUUUGCAUACACACACUGCAGCCAUGAAUGGGAGGCUCUCACCUGUUGUUCGGGCAUUCUUUGUGCUUCUCAGUUUUACUUCUUUUUUUCUUUAUCGUGCCAGUCUCACACUUGUGCCAGUAUUAGACUGACCCAGUCGGUCGUUUCACAUGCCUUUUAUUUCCGCAACCCAGUUAUGAUUUUUCUACGGCCAAAUCCACGAUAAGACAUUGGUUUUUAUCAGCCAUCCUCCUUGGGCCUAGAUGAUCAGUUCGGGCAGCUAAUUUGAAACCUUUUCUGCCUUAUGUUGGGAGCGUUUUGAUUUGUAAUGUAAUCGGAUGGGAAGCCAGAUAAACACACACAUUGUGUCCAGGCUGCAUUGCAUCGUGUCCAAUAGAACCAAGGUUGACGGUUUUUUUUGGGGGGGGGGGGGGGGUUUGUCCGGAAUGUGAUGUGGGUUGUGUGAAAGAGGGCUCCUGACCUUGCAGCGCACAAACGCAGCAGCUUAGACUGCGCCUUGCAGAAAAGAGAACAAAAAAAAAACCACGUAAAGCACACAUAAGACGUACUGUAAUGUAUGUCUGGAUCUCUCCUUGACCCCUCCCCCCCCCCCCCCC